UAUGGUGGAUACAUAUUUUGAUCUGUUCAAACUGGACCCAUCAGCAUGAAAACAAACAAUCAAAAUCCUUAAACCCAUAAUUCAAAGUUCUUCCGAUUAAACAACAAAAAGUUGGAUUCUUUUCACUGGGAGUUGUUCCAUUCUUGCCACUUUCAACCACUCACACCAACAAUGGUUCCCAUUGAUCCAUUUAUUUUAGUACUUUUAAGUCUAGAAAUUUCCCACAUUUGGACUUUGAAUUUGAAUCUUAAUUACAAAUUACCAACAAUGUUGGGUGUUAAUCCUUCUCCGUCAACGUCGAUUCUUCCUUCUUCCUCCACCACCAUUUCUAAUGGCGAUCUCUCUGCAGAGCCCUUGUUUUCCCCAUCGCAUACAGUUUUUUUCACCCAAAACCUUCUCCGGGGUCGGAGCUCUCCGGUGCCGGAAACCCCUUUUGCUCCGGUGCACAGCUGAUUCUUCUUCUUCUCCCAAACCGGUCGAUCCCGAUUUCGACCCGAAGCUGUUCUUGAAGAACUUUUCCAGAGGUGAAAAUUAUAAUCGGAAAGGGUUUGGGCAUAAGGAGGAGACUAUAAAGCUCAUGAACAGCGAGUUCACAAGUGAAAUUGUGAAUACUUUGAAUGAAAAUGGGUAUCAGUUCACUUGGGGGAAAGUUACUGUGAAAUUGGCUGGAGCUUAUGGGUUUUGUUGGGGAGUUGAGCGAGCUGUGCAGUUUGCUUAUGAAGCGAGGAAACAAUAUCCAAGUGAAACAAUUUGGAUUACUAAUGAGAUUAUUCAUAACCCAACUGUUAAUAAGCGAUUGGAGGAGAUGGGAGUGCAUAACAUUCCUUUGGAGGAAGGAAACAAAAGAUUUGAUGUCGUUAACCCCGGCGACGUUGUGAUUUUGCCGGCCUUUGGGGCUGCAGUUGAUGAAAUACUUGUACUGAAUGAUAAAAAAGUUAAGAUUGUUGACACAACUUGCCCGUGGGUUUCCAAGGUUUGGAAUGCUGUUGGCAAGCACAAAAAAGGAGAAUACACGUCGAUAAUUCACGGUAAGUAUCGCCAUGAAGAAACCAUAGCAACUGCUUCUUUUGCUGGAAGGUACAUCAUUGUGAAAGACAUGGCAGAGGCAGCAUGUGUAUCCGACUACAUUCUUGGGGUUGAACAUAAUGGAUCAAUCUCAACCAAAGAAGAAUUUUUGAAGAAAUUCAAGUCUGCUGUGUCAAAAGGAUUCGACCCAGAUAUUGACCUCAUGAAAAUUGGUAUUGCCAAUCAGACCACAAUGCUCAAAGGGGAAACAGAAGAGAUUGGAAAACUGAUGGAGAAAACUAUGAUGCGGAAGUAUGGAGUUGAAAAUAUUAACGAACACUUCAUUAGUUUCAAUACGAUCUGUAAUGCCACUCAAGUGCGCCAAGAUGCAAUGUACGAGCUGGUGAAGGAAGAUGUGGAUCUCAUGUUAGUUGUUGGUGGAUGGAACUCAAGCAACACCUCUCAUCUUCAAGAGAUUGCAGAGGCUCGAGGAGUCCCAUCGUAUUGGAUCGACAGCGAGCAACGAAUAGGUCCAGGAAACUCAAUAUCAUACAAGCUUGCUCACGGGGAGCUGGCCAACAAAGAAAACUGGCUACCUGAUGGACAUAUCACCAUUGGAGUUACCUCUGGUGCCUCUACACCAGAUAAGGUUGUUGAAGAUGUUCUUAAGAAGGUUUUUGACAUCAAAGGGGAUGGAAAUGCACAGCUCCAAUCGCUUGGAUAAAGUGUAUACUUAACUGUUUUCUUUUUCUUUUCUUUUUAAUUUUUGUUCUUGCUAUAUAUGUUAUGUUUGGUAAGAUAUUUGCUAGAUUAUGUUUAGUAAUUUAAAGAUAGUGAUGUGACAAAAUAAAUAGACUUGAGACAUUAUCAUAUAAAAUAAUAUAGGCAAAUGCUUGUUGAAGUAGAAAGAGGUUGUUCCAAAAUUCUUUUUCUUUGAAAAGUGGAUUUGAUUCUUGUCUUA